UUCUGAUCAACUCUAGGAGCACAGCUCUAGGAGGCUGAGAGAGGAAGCAGAAAAGUGCCAAGAAAAGCAGAAAAGGGAAACAGUGAGUGGAACUGGGUAAGGAGGCGCCAGGCUCUGCAGGAGCCUGCAGAGAUCACCAGGGCCCGGGCCAUGCAGCUGCUGGUGGUUCUGCUGCUUCUCUGCAUCCCAGGCUCUUUGUCCCUGAGUGGCCCCAGCACCGUGACUGGCGCUGUUGGGGACUCCCUGAGUGUGGAGUGUCGCUAUGAAGAGGAAUACAGGGCAUUUCACAAAUACUGGUGCAGACAGCCGCGCUUCCCGCUUUGGCAGCGGACGGUGCAGACCAGCGGGCCCGAGGUGGAGGCGAAGAGCGGCCGGGUGUCCAUCACAGACCCUCCGGAGGAUCUCGCCUUCACAGUGACCUUGGAAAGCCUCACUGCAGACGAUGCAGGGAAAUACAGGUGUGGGGUUGCAACGAGUCUAAAGGAAGAAGGACUCCUCAGCUUCCUGCCUGAUCCUUUUUUCCAGGUUCAAGUGAUUGUCUCCCCAGGGGACAGGCAACUGGCUGGGAAGAGUCGUGGGCAGGACACCGUUCUUCACCCGCCACAGUUCUUCACUCCAGCCUCCAUCGCAGCCUCCAGUAGCAACAGCUCUGCGUGGACCUCCGGAUCGCCCAGCCAGCAGCAGGGGCCCCUGCUGGGCAGCACCCACUUCCUGCUCCUGGUCUUCCUGAAGGUGCCUCUGCUCCUGGGCAUGCUCGGUGCUGUCCUCUGGGUCAACAGGCCUCAGCGGGCAGUUUGUGGGGAGACAGAACCAGUCUGACCAAGACAACCUGCAGCCCCGCCCCACCACCAUCAAUAUCCUGUCCAGAGACACAGCCGCUCAGACUAGAGAAAACGUCUGACCUAGAACUUCAUGUCGCUUUUCACAUUAUAAAAAGA